AUGCUGCUCAGUAGCAGUAACGCCAGGGGCGCACGAGGAAAUUCAAAAAGUUCACGAGGGUCAAGAGGUCGCGGACAGGCGGGUCGAGGAGCUUCAAGCAACGCUUCUGCUAGUCCAUCUCCAAGCGCGACGACAUCGGUAGAUCCAUUUGAAAAAGAGCGACUCGAGAAUGCUGCAAAGCGCGAACAGAGAGGCCAAAACGGAUCUGCGACCAAUAACAGAGGAAGAGGAUCAUCGCGUGGAGGGUUGCAUAGCAAUAAGCAGGUUCGAUUCGCGACUGAAUCAACUGAGGAACAAACUGGCUCGCCUGCCAGCGCAACACCAUCAGAUAUGAAGACUCCCUUUGGCUCGGGGACUGCAACCUCUACGGUCUCCAACCCCUUCGCAUUUACUGCAAAUCCAAAUCCAAAGACAUCAUCAAACAUUUUUGUAGCACCCACUGGACCUAACAGCAAAAGCCCUUCGCCUUCGCCUUUUGCUCCUUCAUCUAAUUCUAAAACUCCCAAUACACGCGUCUUUGGCUCAGCAAGCACGCCUCAGUCGACAGCUGUAAACCCAUUCGCCUCUACAAACGCUUUUGGAGGCGCCUCAUCUUCGUCGAGUUUUGGUAGCCCAUCAAGUGCCUCGGCGACUCCUUUGUCUGCCCUGAUCAAUUCUCAGAAAGCCGGCAUCGUGAAAGGAAGCAAUCGCGCGCCUUCGAAACAAGCCUCAAUCGAGAAGAAGUCUGAAAAGAAUUCCCAGAAAAAUGCUUCGCAAAAGCCAUUACAGACAAACAAUGGUUUUUUCGACAAGAAGAACAAAGCAUCCAAUCAGUCGAAGUCGGGCUUUGGAAACACUACGCCAAUGUCCUCGGAAAUGGCCUCGUUUGCGUCAAGUAGUGAGUUAGCCAGCAAGAUCAACACUCUUUUACAGAAAGAAAAAAUCACGCCACCACGAUGUACCGCAAAAAAUCCAGGUGAUCCACGCGAAAGAGCAGCCGUGAAGAGCUAUUUAGAUGAACUGAAGAAGUAUCGAACAUGCGUCCGCGCAUCCCUAAUUCAAGGUGGCUUCAUUGAUGAUCCUCUCAAACCAAAGAAACUCAGUGAAGCUAUCGACUUCAAAGGAACAUGCGACCAAAUGUGCCCGGAAGAAGAAAUUAUAAGAAGAAUUAUUGAAGAUGACGUCCAACGUGCUGAAAAGGAGGUAGCACCAGACGGAUCCAUGCGUCCUUCGCCUCAAAUGAUGAUUAAGAAGUUGGCUAGAUCUGCCGCUGGAGAAGAUGCCCCACUUCCGCAAGAUGUUCGGUCACCUGCUGCACUGAGACGAACACUGGAUUAUCUCAUUGACACAGUCUUGGGAGAGGAUGAUAAUCUAGCAGCUCAGCAUGAAUUCUUGUGGGACCGAACGCGAGCGAUACGGCGAGAUUUCGUAUUUCAAUCGUCAAUGAGUCCACCAGAGUUGGCUGAUCAAGUUUACUGCCUCGAAAAGAUCACUCGAUUCCAUGUUACAGCGUUACAUCAGAUGUCGAAGCCUGACGUUGCGCCGGAAAAUUUUGUGGAACAGCAAGAAGUUGAACAACUUAGCAAGUCUCUCCUCUCGCUUAUACACGCUUAUGAGGAUUGCAAUCUGCAGAAUAUAUCUUGCGAGAACGAAGCCGAAUUUAGGGCAUACUAUGUACUUCUUAACAGUAGCAAUCCUGGAAUCCUGGAGACGGUACAAAAUUGGGGAUGGAAGUUUUGGGGAGAGUCUGAGCAGAUUAAGAUUGCUGUUAGCCUAGUUGAAUGUUUACAGAACAUCUGGAGUCCACGUGGUCCCUUGCAACCAUUCUCGGUGCUGAACGUCGCCGAAAAUGCCUUUUCUCGCUUCUUCACAAUUUUGAAGGGCCGAAAUGUGUCAUAUACCAUGGCUUGCUUCGCUGAGAUGCACUUCAACGAAGUUCGGAAGAAUGCUCUGAAGACGAUACUGUCAGCAUACCAACGACAGCGCGACCAACCAAAGGAUUGGAAUAUUAGCAAACUGAACCAAUAUCUACACUUUGACGACCCAUGGGAUAUCGUUGACUUUGGUGAAGCUUACGGCCUUCGAUUUGAUGAGGUGGAUGGCGAUUACUGCUUAUCAUUAGCGGUGGAUAAUCAAGUUGUUGAUCCAUUCCCUCCAAUCAAGCAACCUCAUUCUGGUGAAAUUGUGGAGCGCAAACGUACUGGUCAUACCUUGACAGAGGUAAUCGAUACGACUGUAUACGACGGGGUAUCAGAAGAUGACAAGCAAGGCGAGGAAUCAAGUUCUGACGAUGGUUUGUUCGUGAAGGACAACAUUGGAGGGGUGAAGCCUUUGGCCCCAGCAGUAAUCUCCGUUGAGGCACCUGAAGCAGCUAGCUUCCAAGUGGCACAAAUAUCACCUCAGCAAUCCUUGCCAACCUCCCCUACGGCACCAUUAUUUGGGUUUCCGUCUGCAGGCCAGACAAACGGCACUCAACCCGAAACUACACUUUUCUCGACGAAGGAGCGGAAGGAUACGAUUUCUCCCUCUACUCUAUCUGCCCCAACUCCUGUUGCCGCACCUACUCCAUUCGCGCCAUCUGCCCUCUUUGCACCCACUUCAACGAAUAACCCGUCAGAACCAAAGACUACAGAGCCACCAAAGUUUACUUGGCCGUCAGAUAAUGCAACAACUCCCAAGCUGUUCCAAACAACUUCUACAGAACCACCAAAAUUCAAUUGGCCAUCGGAAAGCGCAGCCUUUCCAAGUGUUCCUCAAACAACUCUCGCAGAAAGCCCGAAAACUUUCCAACCAACAGAGACUACGGCUUUUAAGCCUCCAGCAACAGAGCCACAAUUCACACGCCCUAAGCUUAAUGAUUGGACUUCUAGUUCCAAGCCUGUGCCCCAGUCCAUAUAUUCCGAGCCACAGUCCAUAUAUUCUGAGCCCAUAGCGCAUUCAUCCGUGGCUGAGUCCGCUAAGGUCACUACAUCUACCCCGGCGCCACAGCCAGAUCUCAGCAAUUUGUUUAGACCUGCCGCUAAAGAAACUCCGCAGCCUGAUAUCCAAGUACCGACACCUCAGGUCUCUCCAUUAGACAACUUUGCAAAGUGGGUUGCACUCGGGGAGGAUGGAAUCAUUGAGCAAUUCAUGACAUAUACAGUCCAAAAUUUGGUGGGAGAAACGAUGGAAAAAUUUAUGAGAGAUGAGGCUAAGAAAGCAAGAAAAGAAGCCAAGCGUAUCGCCGAGGAAGAGGAGGAAUUGGCCCGGCAGGAAGCUGAUGAAUUUCGAAGUAAAGCCUUAGCUAUAAAAUAUAUUAACAUGUGGCGAACUAACGCUCACAAUCUCUGGGUGCGUCGGCAAGGGAGCAAAGCUAGAAGAGCUCGCAUAGAACACGCUGAAAGCAUGAGGGCGUCUAAGACAGCACUUUCGGCUAGUGUUGUUGAGGAUUUUAGAGUUUCAACUUCAAAGGGUAAAAAGAGGGUAAAAAGCAGCCCUUUUAAAGAUCGACGAUCAAGCUUGGGGAGUCUCUUAGAAGGGACUGGGGUUCUCGUGGGUGUACAUAACCCACAAGAAACGAUAAGUGAGAUUGUGAACAAUGGAGAAACCGAGCGUAGCAACAAACGAUUGAAGUCUUCCGUAUCUUCUAUCGCGUCGGAUUCAACUUCAAACUCACAUAGACGCAAUCAGUCGGAUAAUCCUUUGCAACGUUCACUACUCUCGGAUCCUUCUUUCUUGAAUGGUGGCUCAAGGAUCCAUUUUCUGCCUAGUUAUCAAGCUGCACAUGAGACUCGGCCACAGCUUAGUGGCGUACAGACUGACUACUUUCGAUUAAAAGCCAGGGGCAUCACCACUCUUCCUAAUGGAACACCUCUUGCUACUUCUGUGGCAAAGCAUCCUUUACGCCAAAAGCAGUCUUUUGAUGAUGGUAUUGGCAAACCUAUUAGAUCUCGAAGACCGAUGAUGCCGAAAGAGCAACCAAUUCCAAGAAGCAGCCCGGCUAGAGUACCUGCUCAACAAUUACUUCUGCCAGCGCCGACUGGCGAUGAAGAAAUAAGACGUUUGAAAGAGCGAGCUAGAGUAGUUAUGGCAGCUGAUUCUGGAAGGAGAUUACAAAAUGGUAGUUUGGAUGAUGACGAGGAUUUAUUUGAGAGAGCAAGGAGAAUUAGAGAAAAAAUGGACGAAGAUUCGGAGUGGUUAAGGCGAGAAGUUGAUAGAUACUCUGAGAGCGGAAGUGGGUCGUGGUCAUAG